CUAUAUUUCAUUCAAACUCUAUUGGUACAUCUACCUUUCUAUCCACAUCUUUUCCACUCUGACUGUGAGUGUGCGUGUGUAUAAUUAUAUAUACCUCAUUCAACUUGGUCUUACUCUAUCCAUCCAUCUAUCUUCAUCCCUAUCUCUUUCUUUCUCCAUCCCACUAAAUACGAACACCAUUUGUUGGUGUGUAUUUUCUUAUUCAGAAAAGACAGACGGUUUCUUUCGGCAACUGUCACCGAAGAACCUUACGGAAGGAUAUCUUAGAAUGGAGACAGACAAUGGCUAAACCAUCAGGUUUAUUACUCAGAUAAUAACAAAACAACACCAUCUUACAACAACUUCCAUCCAUCGUGGGAUCAUUUUAAACGGUGUUCCGUGAGAGAAUCGAAACUACUUCACAUGGAAUAUUAACUGACAAUUACCACAACUGCAAGAAAAGCAUCAUCAAAAAUAAUCUCGUCUGCCUCUCUUGUCUGUCGCAACAGUAGUAACAACAACAGUAACCUGUCCAACACAUCAAUGGUGCAUUAAUAUUCCAGAGACCAAACACGUGACACAUCUGUAAUAAUAGCAAUAACAACUGCAACAACACAAAUAUACAACAACAACAACAUAAACGUAAUGUCAGUGUAAAUAUAUAUAAAAUAUAGCACCGUCAACAACGAUGACAACAAGUGUUUAUGUCUCUGUGAAAUAUAUAAAAAGCGAGGCGAGAGAACAUCCCCCGCCCCAAUGACUGCUGAAGUUGGCAGUGAGGAUGUUUUGGUGAUAACGCCAACAAUAGCAACAACAACAACAACAACAACAACAACAACAACAACAACCAAAUCGAGAAAUGUUUAUGAUAACAGUCUUUCCAAUCAAGAGUCAACAGUGAUGGCCAGCAGCUCUUUUACCAUCGAUGAUGCUUUCGAAUCUGAUGAUGAUGAAAAGAUCCGAGUGUAUGGGUCAACGAAGGCAACAUCCCCCAUACAGCGACACUCACCUCAGUCUUUGCAGCGCAAACACUCGCUUCCACGACGCCAAGGCUCCGACACAGUCAGUUCUUCUUCCGUAUCUAUAGCAUCUUCUGUGCCAACAACGGCAGACAUUGCCGACCCACCGUCCAUUGGUUCAGUGGGCGGUGGAGGCACACCUUGCGCAACCCCUACAAACAGUGGAGGUCCUGGUGUUGUAGGGGUUACUAAUCUGACAACGACUUCAGCCCCUGGACUUGUUGUGACAACGAGAAGUGUGGCCACCCCACAAGAGACGGAUGAAGCUAGCGCAUCGUUGAUAAUAAAGGCUACCAGUAAGAAAUCACCCAGUUGGUAUAAACAUCCCAAAAUUCGUGAAAACUGGAAAGUUGUCCUUGGAUCCAUAGCUUUGACACUAAUUGGAUCUGCGCUCCUCCUGGCAGGUUUAUCUGUAGCCAUAUCAAUAAAAGCAUCACACAGUGUUGUAUUGUUCAUUGCUGGACUUAUAUGCUUUAUUCCUGGAGUGUACCAUGUGGUGUACAUUUACUGUGCAUUGCAAGGCAGAAUGGGCUUCAGCUUAUACAACUUACACAUUUUCAAAUGAGGAGAAGACAGAAAGGAUCAGACAGAAAGGAUCAGACCAACAAAUAACAUAAACCUUUGCGUUCUGAAUGACACUUUUGUUGUGAUUUUAUCAAGUGUGGUGGCCAUCAACUGGAUAUACCGAGAGUACCAAUGUGGACAAUACACUUACCCAAGUUAACCUAUUUACAAGGGCAGUCCUGAUUAAACCAAGAUACAGAUUGAAAACCUUAAUUGGCAAUACUGACUACAUCUACACCUGUUUUGAUAUAAUUAGCAAGGAACUGUUCCAAAGAUCAUACUAAUGUACAUAGUUAAACAGAGAGUGUACACUGGCGCUACUGCAAAGCAACAAACUGCUUUUAACAAGGUACCAAAUAUUUACAGUAUACAUUGAUUGAACUCUACUCUAAACACUCAAAUACAUACCCAAGGUACCGAUACCCCUUUGUCAAGAAACAGAUCUAUACCCAACACAACCACCACCAUCCAAGGUACAGAGAGAAUGAUAUAUCCAGACAAGUGUAAUAACAUAAUUAAACGGACAUGUAAUUAUAUUCCAAAAUACCCAUAUAUACAUACAUACAUGCAUACAUACACAUGCGUUUGCCACAUACACAAACAUCCCUGCAAACAUCACAGGACGCCAUGGUUACCAUCGAUAUGACUGUGUCGUGUGGAUCAAUGAAACACUGGCAACUACCAGUUCUAGGAGUACCAGUUGAUCACAUGACAACACUUUAUAAUUUAUAACUGGUUGUUUGAAAUCAAUAUGUGAUAUUUAGACUCUCUCUCUCUCUCACUCUCUCACUCUCUCUCUCUCUCUCUUUCUCACACACACACACACACAAACACACACACACACCACACACAGAUAAACACAAAUGUGUAUAUAUGUAUGUUUCAUUCUAGCAUGGAAAGCAGUUGUAAAAAUGAUGGUGAUGAUGAUGAUGAUGAUGGUGAUGAUGAUGAUGAUGACACAGAAACUGUUUAUGUUUCCAGAAACGAAAAAAAAAAAGUGCUUAAGAAAAAGAUUACCCACCUGCUUAUUUCAAAGAUGAAAAUGUACAAGUUCUAACGAAUAAUUUCACAGACCAAUUUCCCAAGUACCUGAGCAUCGGGAAUGAAUGAGAAUCUAAUAGUUGUAACAUGGGAUUUUUCAGCUUCGUAAUACAAUGUGUGUGUGUGUGUGUAUAUGUAUACACACACACAUAUAUACAUUAUAGAUAUAUAUAUAUAUAUAUAUAUAUAUAUAUACAUACACAUGCACACACACAUGAAUAUAUACACACAUACACAUAUACAUACAUACUUAUAUACAUACAUACAUAUACAUAUAUACAUAUUGAGUGAGUGAGUGAUAGUGAGCUACAGGGAAAGCAGACAGUAGAAGAAGUCUUCAGAAGAAUUCCGACAAGUGUUUCAACCUGUUAGUUCCUGACUACCCAGGCCCACCUAUGUAGUGGCCCCUAGGUGUCCUCCUGCUGUUAUUUAAAUGUUACCUUUAGUGGGAAUUAAACUCAAAACCUUCAGAUGAUACAUAAACACACACACACACACACACACACACACACACACACACACAUAUAUAUAUAUAUAUAUGGUGUAU